CCAUCAUCGUCGCCCCCCACCCCUCUCUGGAGCUGCCCGGCCUCUCUGCCCCUCCGCCGCCCAUCCUCCGGGCCGGGACUGAGCGAGGGACCGGCGGACAAGGCCCCUGAGGCACCCGGACGCCUGGGUCCAGCCGAGGCGGCUACCGCGUCAUGAACGACAGGAACGGCCGGAGGAGAAUGAUGAAGAAGGACGAGGAGGCCUACGAGAUCUCCAUUCCGUUCGAGGAGACGCCACACCUGGAGCCCCAGAUAUUCUACAGCCUGACCCCCCCCAGGGGCCACUGCGAGGAGGCCUCGGAGCCCGCCUCCCCCACUUUGGCGCUGAUGAACGGCGUGAAGACGCAACUGCACAUGGCCCUCGAACGCAACUCGUGGCUGCAGAAGCGCAUCGAGGACCUGGAGGAGGAGAGGGAUUUCCUGCGCUGCCAGCUCGACAAGUUCAUCUCCUCCGCCCGGCUCGACGCAGAGGAUCAUUGCCGGGGCAAGCUGGCAGGUCGGCGGGCGGAGGGGGCCGAGACCCGACUCGGGGAGACCUCGGACCCCGGCAGCCCCACGUCCUCCCUCAGCGGCGGCUCCGAAGAAGGGGGCUCGGCUGAGCGCAAGCGGCAGAAGCAGAAGGGGGGGGCCGGACGGCGGCGGUUCGGCAAGCCUAAGGCCAGGGAACGCCAGAGGGUGAAGGACGCAGACGGGGUGCUGUGCCGCUACAAGAAGAUCCUGGGGACGUUCCAGAAGCUGAAGAGCAUGUCGCGGGCCUUCGAGCACCACCGCGUCGACCGCAACACGGUGGCGCUGACCACGCCCAUCGCCGAGCUGCUCAUCGUGGCCCCCGAGAAGCUGGCCGAGGUCGGGGAGUUCGACCCGUCCAAGGAGCGGCUGCUGGAAUACUCGCGCCGCUGCUUCCUGGCGCUCGACGAGGAGACGCUCAAGAAGGUGCAGGCCCUCAAGAAGAGCAAGCUGCUGCUGCCCAUCACCUACCGCUUCAAGCGGUGAUCCCCACCCUCCGCACCACCGGGUCCCGCGCCCUCCUGGCCUCCACAGCUCUUUUCCCGGGGGGGGCGGGUGGUCUUUAAUCUUUUGGGACCCCUCCCUACUUCUCCACUCCCUCCCUACCCCAGCUCAAGAGGCUGCCCCCCACCCCCUGUACUCUCGGACUUCCCCUCCACCCUUUUGGACUCCUCCCUGUUCCCGUAACAUUCCCCCCGACCCCGCAGGCCUCCUGGGAUCCCGGUGGGCUUCCCAGUGAGGGUCCAGAGUGUGUGUAUGGGGCGGGGGGGGAGAGCUCUCGGUCCCCUAGGAGCCCCGGUGGUCUCCUGUUGUUCCGCUUUGGCACCCGUCAUCGCAAGCAACCUUUCCCAUCCUGGGAAUUCCAGACCCUUCCGCAGCACACCUCCCCGCUCCCCCUUGAGGCCCUCACAGCCUCCACCCGCUGGAUUUCCGUGGGCUCUGAAGUUGCCCUCUCCUCCCUUGAGGGCCAGGGUCGCUUCCCAUCCCAUUCCUUACCGCCCCCCCGCCCCCGGUCCUCCCUGACCCUUUCUCCCGCUCAGAGCAGCUGUGGGCCUCCCCUAGCCGGGGCAGGCCUUCCCGUCUCCCUCCCCUACCCUCCAUGCCGAGGAGAUUUGUGUGUAUAUAUAUGUAUCUAUCCCCAUCCAGCACCGUUUCCUUCCACUCCACGUCCAUCCUCCUGGGGCCCGCUCGCUCCACCCCCGGCUGAGGGUGGUGGGGAGGUGGAGUGUGUGUGUGUGUAUAGUUCACAGCCCCCUUCCAUCGCCACCACCGUACCCCACUCCUCUCCUCACCCCCUCGCCGUCCUCUUCCGUCCCCCCCAGGCCCCAUAUUUAAGAGGUCGGAGAGGAGAGGCCGGGGGAUGCCCCGGGUCUCCCUUCCCCCGGUGCUCUCUCCCGACGCCCCCUCCCCCCGGCCCGGACGGAACCACCAAACGAGAGAACUAUUCAGAGAAUUUAAAUUAAAAGAUGAGACAAUUUGGAAUAAA